AUGUACAACAUCGAACAAACAGCUGAGCUCCUCUUGUGUCUCUCCCCCGCUGAAGCUGCCAAUCUCAAGGAAGGAAUCAAUUUUGUUCGAAAUAAGAGCACUGGCAAAGAUUACAUCUUGUAUAAGAGUAAGAGCCUCCUCCGAGCAUGCAAGAAUAUGUGCAAGCACCAAGGAGGCCUGUUCAUAAAAGAUAUCGAGGAUUUAGAUGGAAGGUCUGUUAGAUGCACAAAACACAACUGGAAGUUGGAUGUGAGCACCAUGAAGUACAUCAACCCUCCAGGCAGCUUCUGUCAAGAUGAACUAGUUGUGGAAGAGAGUGAAGAAAAUGAACUUUUGCUUCUAGAGCUGAAUCCUCCUAACCCCUGGGAUUCAGAGCCCAGAUCUCCUGAAGAUUUGGCUUUUGGGGAAGUGCAGAUAACAUACCUUACUCAUGCCUGCAUGGACCUCAAGCUGGGGGACAAGAGAAUGGUGUUUGACCCUUGGUUAACGGGUCCUGCUUUUGCCCGAGGAUGGUGGUUACUACAUGAGCCUCCAUCUGAUUGGCUGGAGAGGCUGUGCCAAGCGGACCUAAUUUACAUCAGUCACAUGCACUCAGACCACCUGAGUUACCCCACACUGAAGAAGCUUGCUGGGAGAAGACCAGAUAUCCCCAUUUAUGUUGGAAAAACAGAAAGACCUGUAUUUUGGAAUCUGAAUCAGAGUGGUGUCCAGUUGACUAAUAUCAAUGUAGUGCCAUUUGGAAUAUGGCAGCAGGUAGACGAAAAUCUCCGAUUCAUGAUCCUAAUGGAUGGCGUUCAUCCUGAAAUGGACACUUGCAUUAUCGUGGAAUACAAAGGUCAUAAAAUACUCAAUACAGUGGAUUGCACCAGACCCAAUGGAGGAAGGCUGCCUAUGAAGGUUGAUUUAAUGAUGAGUGAUUUUGCUGGAGGAGCAUCAGGCUUUCCAAUGACUUUCAGUGGUGGAAAGUUUACUGAGGAAUGGAAAGCCCAGUUCAUUAAAACAGAAAGGAAGAAACUCCUGAACUACAAGGCUCGGCUGGUGAAGGACCUACAACCCCGAAUUUAUUGCCCCUUUGCUGGGUAUUUUGUGGAAUCCCACCCAUCAGACAAGUACAUUAAGGAAACAAACAUCAAAAAUGACCCAGAUGAACUCAACAAUCUUAUCAAGAAAAAUUCUGAUGUGUUAACAUGGACACCGCGACCUGGAGCCACUCUUGAUCUGGGUAGGAUGCUAAAGGAUCCAACAGACAGCAAAGGCAUCAUUGACCCUCCGGAGGGGACUAAAAUUUACAAGGAUUCCUGGGACUUUGGACCAUAUUUGAAAAUCUUGAAUGCUGCUGUAGGAGAUGAAAUAUUUCGUCACCCAUCCUGGAUAAAAGAAUACUUCACUUGGGCUGGAUUUAAGGAUUAUAACCUGGUGGUCAGGAUGAUUGAGACAGAUGAGGACUUCAGCCCUUUUCCUGGAGGAUAUGACUAUUUGGUUGACUUUCUAGAUUUAUCCUUUCCAAAAGAAAGACCAAGCCGGGAACAUCCAUAUGAGGAAAUUCGGAGCCGGGUUGACGUCAUCAGACACGUGGUGAAGAAUGGCCUGCUCUGGGACGACCUGUAUAUAGGAUUCCAAACCCGGCUCCAGCGGGAUCCUGACAUAUACCAUCAUCUGUUUUGGAACCAUUUUCAAAUAAAACUCCCCCUAACACCGCCCAACUGGAAGUCCUUCCUGAUGUACUGUGGAGAGAGAGGACCUGAGAUCUCUCAGAAUUUUAAGAUCAGUUUAUCAUUCUCCAACUUGCUUUUGAAAAAAUUUACUAUCGACAACUUAAUUUCGUCAUCUGUUAAGGAUCUGAGACAUUCUAGUGAGGGAAUGCUGAGACCUGGCCUGAUGCAGGUGGAGGUGCAGAAGAAAAGAUACAUGGGAGUCGAGGUUAGCUUUGGAAACUGCAAUGAGCCGCAGUCACCGCUAGGUGGCGGAAGAGGAGCGCGUCCAAACCCCGCGGCGCGCGAGACCGCUCCCUGCGGCCGGUGUCUGGAUGUGGCCUGA